AUGUCUUUUCUCCUUCCCCUCUUUCUUUCUUUCUUUCUUUCUUUCUUUCUUUCUUUCUUUCUUUCUUUUCCACACUUCAGUGUAAGUAAUGUCUUUUCUCCUUCCCCUCUUUCUUUCUUUCUUUCUUUCUUUCUUUCUUUCUUUCUUUCUUUCUUUCUUUUCCACACUUCAGUUGUAAGUAAUGUCUUUUCUCCUUCCCCUCUUUCUUUCUUUCUUUCUUUCUUUCUUUCUUUCUUUCUUUCUUUUCCACACUUCAGUGUAAGUAAUGUCUUUUCUCCUUCCCCUCUUUCUUUCUUUCUUUCUUUCUUUCUUUCUUUCUUUCUUUCUUUCUUUCUUUUCCACACUUCAGUUGUAAGUAAUGUCUUUCUCCUUCCCUCUUUCUUUCUUUCUUUUCUUUCUUUCUUUCUUUCUUUCUUUCUUUCUUUUCCGCUUCACUUCAGUAAUAAGUUUUGUCUUCCUCUUUCUUUCUUUCCCUUUCUUUCUUUUUCUUUCUUUCCACCUUUCUAA